CGAAUGUUCUGGUUCCUCUGGCUCCACGGCUAUGGAGGUCCAUGAUCGCAAGGAGGAAAGCACAGAGCCUGCACUUGAAGCAGCGGCCGAACAUGGGAGCGCAACGGUAACGGAGAGGCCCGCCAGUGAGCCAGCGGACGAGAGUGAAAAACAGCACCAGGAAGCACCGGCGGCCACCGGUGCGCAAGAAGGUCUGUCCAAGAAUGCGCAGAAGCGGAUGUUGAAGAAGCAAAAGCACGACGAGACGAAGCGGGAGAAGCGGAGAGAGGCCCGCGAAAGAAAAAAGGCGAAGAAGGCCCAGGAGCACGCUACUGCGGCUUUGGAGCCCGGGAAGGAUGGCCCAUCUGGACCAGUGACAUCGAAAGGGAAAGGUGGAGGAGGAGGAAGCGAGGCAGACAAGGACAGGGAGGAGAAGCCUUUUGGGGCGGGCAUCGUCGUGGACUUGGGAUUCGAUGAAGUCAUGUCUGAGCGGGAGUGUGCCUCGAUGGCUCUUCAACUAACCUAUGUCUACUCAUCGAACCGAUCGUCGUCCACGCCGAUUUCCAACGUCACCUUUGUCGGGCGAGGCGAAGAGAAGGACUGCUUCGAGUACAGCACAACGACGGCAGCCGAGCUCCAGUCGCCCCAUCCUUCCUACUUUGUGCAUCAUCGCGCCCUUGCUUCCUCGUCUUCAUCAACCUCGAACGGACAAGGAAGCGAGCUGGCUCCCCCGCUGUCACUGCGACAGUCACGCGUCGGCCACAUGAAGGAGAUCCAGGACAAAGGCGCCUGGAACCGCUGGCAGCGCAUCACGAUCCAGGACACGGGCGGCCUCGAGUCGCUCGUCAAGGGCCGCGAGUCCGACUUUGUCUACCUCUCUGCCGAUGCACCCCACACCAUCACGGAGCUGGCCGAGGACAAGAGCUACAUCAUUGGCGGCCUCGUGGACCGGAAUAGGUACAAGAACAUCUGCCUGAACAAGGCCAAUGCCCUGGGGAUAUCGUCGGCCCGGCUGCCGCUCAACGAGGCGCAGCUGGGCGGUAAAAAGGUGCUGGCGGUCAACCAUGUGGUCGACAUCUUGCUGGGCUGGAUCGAGACGAGGGACUGGGACAUGGCAGUCGACAAAGGUCUGCCCGGUAGGAGAGCAAAGCUCGAAAACGGCAUGCAGCCCGAGUCAAAGAGAAAAAAGAAAAGAGAGCGAGGGCGAUCAGCUGAAGUUGAGACAAGCUCAAUUCAUAUCGAUGAGGCCGACGAAGAGGAGGCUUUCAACAGCAGCAGACCGCCUAUAUCAAGCAUCAGCGCAUUGUAACUUAGCC